AAACUUAUUAAAUAGAGGCAAAAUGAAAGGAUUUUAGUCAGGUGGGCAUCUCAAAUGGAUGGGACAAAAUGUGAAAAUGGUCAAACCAUACUCGAAGAGGUGAUCGAUGAAAAUUAUGAUCCUACUGAAGAAGAAAUUCUCGAGUAUGCGCUGGACAUCUUGGAGAUUGACCCGGACGCAGAGCCGGAGUUGUUGUGGAUAGCAAAGGAAGGAUUGAAAGCAACGCUUCCUCCCGAGUGGAAACCUUGCCAGGAUCUCAAUGGAGACUUAUACUAUUUUAACUUCACAUCUGGCGAAAGCAGCUGGGAUCAUCCAUGUGACGAAUUCUACAGAAACGAAGUCAUCAAGGAAAGGGAAAAGAUGACAUCUAAAAAGAACAAAAAAGGAGGAAAAAAGAAGAGCAAGGCUGCGAAAGCAAGUGCCGACGAUGAUAUUCUGGCAGCCAGACCAACUGUCAAAUCGCCCGCUUUCUCAAGAGCUGCUGAUAAUAUCAUUCAGGAGCCUUCAGACACUCAUGCACCGGAUACGGAUUUCUCACUUGGAGGUACUUUGCACAUGCAAAUGGGAGACAUUGGUUACGAGGAAAGUGAGACUUCAGACAUCGGUUUGGGCAAUUCAGAUGCCAAGUCGACUUUCAAAGCAUCGAAACAACUGGAAAAUAACAGUUCAUAUCGUGAUGUACUAUUGGGAUCUGGCGCUACUCGUAACAUAACAGUCAAUAUGCCGAACGAUCAGACUGGCGCAGAUGUAAUUGGCAGGCCUGGUUUGAAAAGAGAGAAUUCGGGAAACGUGGGAGUAGGCAGUUCGGAGGAGGACGAAGAGGAGAGCGAUGAAGUGGACUUUAAGGAUGACCAAAGUCUGUCUGAUAAACUAAUCGCCAGUACAGAUAGACUAAGAUACAGUCCCGAUCAAUCUCUUAAUGCAUCAUUGGUGAGUCCUCCUAAGACGCCAAGGACUAGCUUCAACAGAUCUCCAAGAAAAGUGAACAUCCCAGCCUACCCUAGCUCAACCACGCCUCGUGGAACAUUGAAUGCCAAUACAAGUGCCAAUGCUAACCUGGUCAUCAACCCCACUACCCUCGGGAAUUCUACAUCGCCAUUGGUUUCGCCUAAAGGAGAAGGCGCAUCCGCGAGUACCGCGGGUGGCGAAGAAAGCACGACGUCGACUGCGGGAACUACUAAAGAGCGGGAGGUUGAUGAGGUACAAUUGAGAAGAGAGAAAGCAGCAGUGGCAGCCCAGAGACGUCUGCAGGAUAACCAGUUGAUCACAGAUGCCUCAACUGACAUCGAACAUGUACCCGGAGGGGGCCCCGAGUGCUCAGAUGCUAAGCUCUACUCCAAGGUCAACUCCUUAUCCAGACAAGUGAAGCAGAAUCUGCAGCAGCAUCCACACCAAGGAAGUGGGGUCAAUGUUGAAGAAAUUGCAGAGCUGCAAAUGAAAACUAAGAAUCUCAAGGCGCAACUAGAAGCUUCUCUAGAAGAAGAAGAGCGUGUGUUGCGGGCUAGUCAUCAACAAUCUCUGGCUCAGUUGCGGGACAAAUUGAGAAAAGACCUGGAGGCGAAAGAGCAGCAGGCUAACCAAGAAGCAGAGGAGAGAAUUGUGGCUCUUCAGAGAGAGGUAGAUAGAAUGAAAGAGGAGGAAAGGAAGAAGGUUGAAAAGGAGCGAGAACAGCACUUGAGGAGACUGAAGGAAGAACAGGAGCUACAAGGGAACCAGGAUGGUGGGAGGAGUAGUCGACUGAAAGGCGAGCUUGAUGUUAAACUGAGCCGCCGUGAACGGGAUCUCCAGGAGGUCUUUGAGAUGAGUGAAGGGGAUCUGGAAGCCAAGUAUGAGCGACUCUUGAAGGAAAAACAGGAUGAAUUCUUGAAGAAGAUGACGACGAUUGAAGAAAAGUAUGAGGAUAAAUUGACCAAUCAGAAGCAGAGAAAUGAAGUGGAUUAUCAGAACAAACUGACUGAGAUCCGAAACAGACACAACAAAGAGAUAGAAGUAUACAAAAAGAAGCUGGAGAAGGAAAGAGCAGAGCUGCAAGAGUCAUAUGAAACUGAGUUGGCAGAGUUGAACACCAGGUUUGACCGACAAAUGACUGCGAAAGAGAACGAACUCAAUGGCAAGUUGACUCGUUUGUCGGACUCACACGACGCCAAGAUAGAGAAGGAGAGAGCGAGGCUGGAGAAAGAGUUCGAAGACAAAGCGUGGAGGUUGAGAAAGGAGGCAGAUGUGAAACUGAAGAGCACUGAGCAGGAGAUAGCACUCAAGCAAGAGUUGCUCGAGGAAGAAAGACGAAGACUGGACACUUUGCACGAAGAGCUCAAAGAACAGAUAAAGAGUAUUCAGUCACAGAAGUCUGAGGUGACAGAGGGGAAUGAAGCGGCAUCAAAAGAAUGGACGUUUACAAGGUCCAAACCGACAGCUAGUAAAGCAAGUCAGACGAUAUUGCAAGAAGAAGCUGACUUCAAAACAAUGUUGGCUAACAAACAGCAGAAAAUCAAAACUCACAAAGUGAACCAAAGCAAAAAUCCGAAUAUGUACAAACAAGCUGACGAUGAAGAUGAUGCUAUCGAAGCAGAUUUUACCGAUGAAAAUGAUCUUUUCGGACAAGAGUCUCAAGAUUUAGAGCAAAUCAGGGACCUCCUGAAAGAUGCGAGUAAAUCAAAAAGUAAAUCAGCCUCACAGAAAAAAGUCACUUUGACCUUAAACGAUAAAUACAAAGGAUCUCGAGGUCAAAAGUCGGACAAUGAAAACGAUGAUGGUAUCAGGACAAAUAUGGUGAAAAGUGGAUUUGGUAUUGAUGAUUUUGCAGAAGGCGACGAGGAGGAAGAUCCAGAUAGCUACAGCAGUGGAUUUUCUAGUACCGAUGAGAUCAUAGCUGCAUUAAACCAAAACGAAGCAAAAGAGUUGAAUGGCGUUAAGAGCUCUAUGGAUAGUACAAACGAAAGACUGCAAACUCUACUGAGAUCUCUAAAUUUCGACGGACAUCUUCAGAACAGGCAUUUUGAGAGAAGUAGUCGUUUAACUAGUACCAGAAAACCCCCGAGUGAUUUGCCCAGUGGAAGAACAAGAACGCUCUCCCGCGACAGAAACACGAGACGCAAGUCACCGGACACGAAACACGUGGAUGUUGCAGUGGGCGAGUCCAUAGUGUUCUCUGCCAACAGUGCAAAUAGAGAAAUAGGUGGCCAUAGUGAUGGCCAUGAAACAGCCGAACAAAUGAUGGCCAGGAAGUGGAGGUCAUACUUCGGACACUCUAAUCCCUACCGAGCGGGAUAUGCGGACGAAUAUAGCACCCCUAUUGGGUACGGAUACAUACCAGCCACUGAGUUACUGAAACGCUACAAUCGGGAAAUAUCAUUUGGCCUGAACACUCCCCUAUCUCAGCCUCAGGGAUCAGUUCCAGGAGCCCCAUCUCACUAUUUGAGAACAUCAGAUCACGUGAACACGAACUCGAAAUACCCGUUCCUGAAUGACUGGAUGCCACCGCCAGGCUCCGUCGAGACCCAGUUGCGCCAGUUGAACAAAUGGCUGGUGGAGUUCAAACAAACUAUGGCCGUGGAACCCUCUUUGGAUGCUUGAACUCUCAAAUUAAAUCAUUUAUUUUCGAUCGAUUAUUGUAUGUUAAUGUCCUUAUGAAGACAUUUAAUUGCAGGCUUUCGCGACAUAAAAUUGAAUGGUAACUGUUAUCAUGUUUUCGGAAGCUUUUAUGUUAUCUUCCGGUAAUUUUUAGAGCACUUAUAUUAUGGGAAGUGUCAAGAUUUUUUGAAUCGAUACCUUUUGAGUUUCUUUUGGUCAAAUAAAUAGACAUUGAUUACUCUUCUUUAUGGCGCAAAAUCUGGUGUAUCCACUUGUUCCGGUGCUAAUGGCAAUUAUUGGCGAUAAACACUUAGACCGAAAUUUAGACCGAUUGAAUUAACAGUCGGUAUAUUGUUUGUAAAAACGACAAAUUGUAAAUACAAACAGUCUCUGUAAAUAGUAGUUACUAAAUUUCUAACACUUGUUUUGUACAUUUCGGUUACUACUGAGUAUGUUGCCUCUUGCCAACUUACAACUUCCAAAUAUUUCGUCAAAAUACUUCCACAUAUUUUGUAAAAGCUAGAAUUUUAAUAAAAUAUCUUGUCUCA